AUGACUUACAUUUCGAAAUGGAUCCCUCCAUGGAGGAACACGUUCCGACGGAUCCGCAAGAACUUCCUUCUGAACCGGUACCAUCGACAAGCGCAAUCGCCGCAACCAUAAUAAAUAGCACCCCCGCCUCACCCGCGCCCCGUUCACAGCCACUAUCGCCUCCGCCGACAGCAGAUCAGGAUAAAAAUGCAGUAGACGCUUCACUGACUACUCCGGAGCUAGACAGUGCUAUUUUAGAAAUUUUUGGAGACGAUCCAUCAGUUAUCAAAGAUUAUGGACAGGAGAUACAGAGUGAUCUCGCAGUAAGGCUACAACACAUUGCUACGAACGGACUUUCAAAAGAAGCACGUAAGGAAUUAUGCGAUAAGUACUUGCCUCCUAGCAACUGCCCUCUUAUCGACGCUCCGCAACUUAAUGCAGAAAUCAGGGCUGCUAUUUCAGAACCAGUUUUAAAGCGCGAUAAAGGUAUCGAGCUAAAACAAAAGCAGCUUGGAUGCUCAAUCACAUGUAUCAGUCAAGCUAUCAGUAUUCUUGUAUCGCAACAAAAUAAAGAUACGUCGGUUAUUAAACUUUUGAUGGACGCCAACCGCUUACUAUGUGAUCGCCAAAACCAAGACUCGAUGACGAGGCGCAACUUUAUAUUAUUCACCCUGAAAAAGGAUAUGAGGGAUGAAUUAAUAAAAACAAAAGUAGAUAAACUUCUGUUUGGUACUGAUUUCGCAGAAAAACUCAAAAUUGCUAAGUCCAUUUUUAAGUCCAGUGCUGAUCUAAAAGCACCGAUGCGUUCUAAUAAGACUGCAGCAAAUAAGAUCAAGACUGCGCCUCAUACAGCCGCAGCACCGCCUCCACCCAGACAAAAUUUAAACUGGAAGGGUCCUCCCUCAAACCGCAGGCCUCAAGUGAGCCAGAGGACCAGGGAGCCUGCUCAAAGGAGUCUAGCCUCGCAACACAGCAACUCGCAGACAUCGAAUCGAGCGCCGCCGCAGCAGAGGCAGAGACGCCGCUAGAAGCCAACAUGCGAACGCGACGUCCAUCGACAGCUUACCUUGGCUGCCGGGAUCUUGUCCGCGAAUCGCUACUGAGAAGAAAUGUACCGCCACAGGCCAUUAAUAUAAUGCUGUCCUCAUUAUCGGAUAAUUCAAUUAAGCAGUACGAUACGUAUUUGAAAAAGUGGCAUCUUUUUUGUAAUUCUAAUGAUAAUUGUGUGUUUGAACUUUCAGUUCCAAAAAUUAUAAGUUUUCUCACCCAGCUUUUCGAAAACGGAGCCCAAUAUAAUACAAUUAACAGCUGUAAAUCUGCUUUAUCCCUAAUUUUUGGGCCUCAGUUAUGUAACGACGAUCGUAUUAAGCGAUUUCUGAAAGGUGUUUUCAGAUUACGCCCACCAUUACCGAAGUAUAAUCAGACCUGGAACACUUCAACCGUGCUAGAUCAUUUGUCUUCUUGGUACCCGAACGAGAACUUGAGUUUGGACCAAAUCUCAAAAAAAAUGACAACUCUUCUUGCUCUUGUUACUGCUCACAGAGCACAAACACUAACUAAAAUUCUUAUUAAUAAUAUUGAGUUUCAGCCAGAUAAAGUAAUUAUUAAAAUUCCGAGUCUCAUAAAGACUUCCCGGGCAGGUGCAGCACAACCGAUACUUUCACUACCCUACUUCAAUGAAAAACCGCAAAUUUGUCCUGUUAAGACACUAUCUGCAUACUUAGAUAAAACCAAGUUAUUACGGGAUAAUCAGCAGCCUCUUUUCAUUGGCCUAAAGAAACCUCAUAAAUCAGUGACUUCUCAAACGAUAAGUCGCUGGAUUCGAUUGACUUUAGGAGAAUGUGGCAUAGAUACCACGAUAUUUACAGCACAUAGUACGAGGCAUGCUUCAACUUCCAAAGCACAUAGCCUCGGGGUAAGCUUGGACUUGAUAAGAAAAACAGCAGGUUGGAGUGGCUCCUCUAGCGUAUUUGGAAAAUUUUAUAAUAAGUAUAUUCCGAGUAAUAAUGAAUCAUCUUUCGCUAGAAGUAUUAUGUCAAAUAAUCUUGUUAACGAUUGAUUGUUUAUCCAAAAAUAUUUUUGUUAAACACAUGUAAAUUCUAUACUUUUCGUUCAAUAGUUUAUCGAUUUAUUCAUUACAUUCAUAAAUGUAAACUUGUUGUGAUUACUCCAACAUAUUGUAUGUUUUAUUUACUUUAAUAUUUCACUACCUAUUUCUCUAAAGAUCUACAAGUGUCAAUUCUAAUCUAGAAGACGAAGCAAUGAAGAUAAUUGAUGAUUAAACGAACUUACCUUACGUGAAGUUCUAUCAUAAUUAUCUGAGUUGCUUCGUCGAAUAGAUUAGAAUCCCACCCUCCUCGUCUUGAUUUACCCCCCAGACGUGAAAUAUCAUAAUGAUAGACCUCUGAACUAAAUGACGAGUGACAGGUGCGAUCGGAACGAGAUAAUAUAUACCCUCUUUUUAUUUUUAUUUUAUGAUUUUUUUUUUCUCUCAAAACUCAGUGCUGACUGGCGACAUGGUAUGUGGUACUACAAGUGUCAAUUCUAAUCUAUUCGACGAAGCAACUCAGAUAAUUAUGAUAGAACUUCACGUAAGGUAAGUUCGUUUAAUCAUC